AUGCAUAACAAUACUUUCACGGUUAAAGAAACACAUCUACUAAAUAAAAGUAACCUUUCAAAUGAAACGAAAGCACUUUACUCAAAUGAAAAAUGUAAAUAUGACAGUGAACAGAAAUCUUUAUUCAAAAAUAAUAAUAUAAAAGAUAAUCCACUAAAUGGAAACAUUUUUCAAACAGUGAAUUCACAUGAAAGAAAAAACAUGCCAAUCACCAAAGAUACAAAAUUAGAAAAAUGUAGCAACGUUAAUUUGAAUGAAAACAAAUUAAAAGAACAUGAUAAUUCAUAUAACAUAAUAGAUAGUAAUAAAAAUAUGAAUGUAUGUUAUUACAAAUCUACAUUUCCUCAGAGUUUUUUACCUUUUAAAAGUAACAUUGAUAAUAAUAUAAAUGAAGAAGAAAUUACAAGUGAAAAAAAUAAUUGCGAAAAAACUUGUUUUGAUAUAAAUAUAAAUGGAAAUAGUAAUUCACUGUCUAAGCAUGAUUUAAAUAACACAAUAUAUAAUAAUAUAUAUGAAAAUAAUAAUAUAAAUAAUAAAGAGGAUAAUGAAAAUAAAAAUAAUGAUGAAAAAGAAAAGAAAAUAAAAAAUGAAGUUAAAUGUAUAAAUAAUGAAAAUAUACCUAUUAUUAAUGAAGCUAUUGAAAAAGGUUACUUUAAAGAGUUAAUUAAUGACAGUGAUGAUCUCAUAUUAAAAAAUAAAUUUAUGAAAAAUAAUAAUGUUAAUAGCAUUGAUAAUUUAUAUAUAUGCAAAAAUGAAUAUGACAAGAGCAAUUCAACAAAUAUGAAUUUUCAUAGUUAUGAUUCAAACAGCUAUUCAGGUAUUUGUCCUUACAAUUUACUAGAGAAUAAAAAUUCUAAUGACUUGUUUCAAACAAAAGUAGAACAUCAAAAUGAAAAUAUAGAAAAUAGUAAUAAUAACAUUGUAACAGGAAUAAGUAGCUAUGAAACAGUUAGUUCUAUUGAUGAUAAACAUCUUUUUAAUUUCGACAAUAGUAGAAAAAAUAUUAAUACAAAUAAUUUUGGAAAACAAAUUAUACAUGAAAUUAAUAAUAAUAAUUUUAAAAAUGAUAAUACAUUUUAUAAUAAUAUGAAUCAAUAUUUCAGUUAUUUUAAUAAUAACAAUGAAAUUAUCGAUUAUGAUGAUAACAAUAAUAGAAAUGAAAAUAUAAAAAAUUUUAAUGAAGUUAAAACAAAACAGAAUCAGAAUAAUAGAAGAGAAGAACAAGGAUUCCUUGAUGUUAAUAAUUUGUUAAGUGCUGAAAAUAGAAAUGAUUUAAUAAGAAAUAAUAGCUUUAUAAAUAACAACUUAAGUCAAGAUAACAAUAAAUUAUCCAUGAAAAAAAAUAUUAAUGAAAUAUAUGAUAGUGUAAAUAAUGAAACACUUACGAAAACUAAGGAUUAUGAAAUGCUACUAGAGGAGAAUAAUAUAAAUAUAAAAAAUUUCAAGGAUAAAGAUUUAAUUAUUGAAAAUAAUAACAUAAAUUGUGAACAAAAUAAUUAUAUAUAUGUUAAUAAUAAUAAUAAUAAUAAUAAUAAUAGUAAUAGUAAUAAUAAUGAACAGAAUAAUGAAGAAAUCAUUAUAAUAAAUGAUACAUAUUUAUCUGAAAAACAAAAUGAAAAUGAUAAUGAUGAAAAUAGAAUAAAUUGCAAAUAUAUCAAAGAAGAAUUAGUUAAUUCAAAUUAUGAAAAUAAAUAUAGAAAUUCAAUAAAUAUAAAUAAUAAUAAUGAUGAUAAAAUGUUUAAAAAUGGUGAUUAUAUGAAUAAAGUUAUGAGCAAUGAAUAUAUGUUAAAUUUAUAUCAAAUUAAUAAUGGAGAUAAUAAAAAUAAUAAAAAUUUUAUUGAUUCUUGUAAUAACGAAAAUAACUAUUUUAUAUCAAAAAAUGAAGAUUAUGAUAUUAGUGAAAACAGCAUAAAUAUUUCUGAUGACAAAAAUAAUAUUACACAAACUAAAACAAAAAAAUAUAAAAGGAAAACAAAAAUAAAGAUGAAGGUAGAAAAAAAAAAAAAAAAAAAAAUCCCAGGUAGAAUAUACAAAGUAGUUGUAAGGGGAAAGGAAUGUUGGAGAGCAGAAUGGCAUAUAGAAAAAAAUGAUGAUAUAAAAAACAAAAAUCAAGAUGAUAUUAAUAGCUUUUCUAAUGAAAAUAUCAAUAUGAAUUCAUGCGAUAAUGAAAAAUUAAAUGAUAAUUACAUACAAAAUAAAAAAGAAAAUAGAAAUAAUAAUCUGAAAAAAAAAAGUAAACAAUUUUCUGUUUCUGUAUAUGGCUAUGAAAAUGCUAGAUUAUUUGCUUUAUUUGAAUUAAUAAAGUAUGAUUGCGUACCUAACAGUCUAAAAGAAGAAGCAAAUAUAUGUAUACAUAAUAUAAAAAAAAAUUUAUUAAAUUCAGAGAAAACUUCUAAUAAAAUAUUAGAUGGUCAAUUUUUACAAUUUCUAUUAACUGAUGAAAAUAACGAAUAUUCUUCUUUAUUUUACAAAAAACUAGAAAAUAAUAUCAUUCAAAAUUUUAAUAAAUAUAAUAGUUAUAAUGAUGACAAUGAGCAUAAUCAACAUAUGAAGGGAAAAAUGGGAAAUUUUAAUAAAUUAUUUUGUUUUAACGAUAAUAAUUUCUAUAAUAAGUUUAACUACAUCAACAAAUGUAACAACCCUUAUAAUAGUAAUAACGCUCCCAUUCACAAUUUAAAUAAUUUAGUUUAUAACAUAAAUCCUUAUGAUUUCAAUUCAAAUAAUAUAGCAAAUAAAUAUGUAUCAGAUAAUAGUUCAAUAAUAAAUGUAUCUAAUAACCUUAAUCCUUUUUAUAAUGCUUUUGAUGAUGAAAAAAAAAUAGUAGAAAAAGACAUGAUAUUUGAAAACAAUGAUAAUAAAGAUAAUUGCUUAAGUAAAAACAAUUUUUUUAAGAGUAAAUUAAAUAACAACGAAGAAAAAAUAAAUAAUAAUGACUAUAAUUCUAACUUUAUAUUUAAUUGCAAUAAUAAUAAUAAUAGUUAUAUUAACAAUCACAUAAAUAAUCAAAACGAUAUACAAAAUUUACAAAAUGAGAUAAACAAUAAUUCUAUAAUUUCUAGGAAUUUUCUUUAUUCUAAUAUGCAUAAUGAAAAUAUUAAAAUCAAUCCCAAUUUUUCAAACAAAAUAUUAAAUCAUAAUCUUAUGAUUAAUACUAAUACAAAUUAUAAUUUAUACAAAAAUGGUAAUUUUAAUAUGAAUAAAAUUAAUAAUGUAAAUCAUUCUUUUUUCAAUAACAAACAAUUAAAUACUCAUAAUAAUAAUAGUAAUUUUCAUAACUAUUUAAAAAUUAGAGAAAAUAAUAAAACUGAAACCAAUGAAUUUGAAAAUAAAGAUGAAAUCAAUAAGAAUUUUCAAAAUAUAAUUAAAAAUAUUUUUGUUCAAAAUGAGAAAAUAGAACAAGGUGAUGAAAGUAACUUUCAUUACAAUAAUCUACACAAUUUAAAGAAUGAAAAUUUGAAUAAUUAG